AUGUAAAAAUAAUGCCAGAUUAUAGUAUUUAUAUUUUGAAUUACUGGUUAAUAUGGACAUGCAAACUUCACACUUGGCUGCGGCUUUGAUGUCGGGUACGAUCCACAGUGGGUCGACACAAGAAGCUGGUACAGUACAAAACCUCGAAGUAAAGGAAUCUAAUACGAAACCUGCAAAAUCAAGUGAUACUCAAAGUCAGAAAGAAGCUCCUGAAGAGGAAAAAGAAGAAAUGGCUAGUGGCGAAGACUUUAGCGAUGAGGAGUGUGAGACGCAGCCAGGCAGUAAGUCUAUCCCUGGGAGGGGUGUCACUCUUCAGAUGUUGUUAGAAGAAAAGAUGUUAGAACCUGGCAUAGCAGCAAUGACUAUUGAAUACUUGGGCCAAAAAUUUGUAGGGGACUUGCAACCAGAUGGAAAGAUUAAGUCACAUGAAACUGAAACCAUAUUCUGUUCUCCAUCUGCCUGGGCCAUUCACUGUAAGAGGAUUAUCAAUCCCGACAAGAGAUCUGGCUGUGGGUGGGCCUCGGUCAAAUAUAAAGGCAAAAAGCUAGAUACUAUCAAAGCAACUUAUUUGCGUAAGAAGCAGCUUCAAAGAGAGAAUAUGCACUCUGAUGAGGAAACUGAAAUGGAAGUAGAAAGCCCUCCAGAACCUCCACCACAACGGAUUGUUAUGAAACACAACACUGUGCCAAAUAGAAUGAUGCAACAUGAUGCAAAUAUGCUGAUAGAAGCUGUAUCAUUUUCUUCUGUGGGAAAGGUACAACCAUUUUUGGUAUCAGUGACUUCUAAUGCUUGUUUGGUACUGGAUAUUCAUUGUCAUUUGAAGAAAGAAGAAGUUUAUGGAUACUUAGCUGGAACUUGGGAUCUCAAUAGUCACAAUCUCUUGAUAACACAUACAUUCCCCUGUCUAAUUAAUAAAAACGACACAAGACCUAGGGUUUUGGUCGAAUUAGAGAUUCAAAUGGAGAUCGAAAAAUUGGGACUUACUCUACUGGGGUGGUAUCAUUCCCAUCCUACAAAUCCAGCUAUGCCAAGUCUCAGAGAUUGUGACAAUCAGUUGGAAUAUCAAAUCAGGAUGAGGGGCCCUUCAGAAAUUUCAUACAUUCCUUGUAUUGGUGUUAUUUGCUCUCCUUAUAAUCCAGAGAGUCCAGUUUUGGAGUCAUCGUUAACCUUCUUUUGGGUUAUGCCGCCGCCUGAACAACGCCCGACGGAGUACCCUCGACCACUCCUACUGCAGUAUAAUAUGAUACACGACAGUCAUCUGUCCACCCAUGCCAUGGAACAGAUAAAGAAAAGCAUUAAAUAUUACUUCAAUUUCGCGGAUGACAACUUUGUAAAUUUCAAAGAUAGCUUCAAACCUGAUAUCUCAUACUUGGACAAAUUAAAAUGCACUUUAACUGCUAAGUUUCCUAGGGAGCAAAGUGAUGGUUUGCUAUGGCAUUUCAUUCGUGAUGAGUUAGGAUGUUCAUCAGAGCAAGACGACAAAAUGGAUUUGGAUGCACUUCUGGCUGUUCCUCAACCAAUACCGGUGUCGAAGCCCAAUCAGACUACGACUGUGCCUAACUUCCCUUCUGUCAGCACUCUGCAGCAAAUGGUCAGUAGACCAGCUGGAGUGCCUCCUAUCAACGUGUCUUCAGGCAUUGGUUCUAGCUCGCCUCAUAAAUUCGAAACUCCACAGUUGAAUAUUCCCGUGCUCCCAUCUUCCACGAAGUCUUCGAAAUCCUCGGCACCUGCUCUUCCCUCUGGCUAUCCUACUGGUUUAGAUAUGCUUACAAGCAUGGCGUUAGGUUUGGGUACAGGAAAUAUGCCGUUAUCUCUCGGUGCGCCUAGUUUAGAAAGUUUGGCGGCAGCUAAUAGCAUGUUGACGGGUUUAACUCCGUCUAUGUCGUCUAGUUUGGCAGCUACUUUGACGGGUAGUAAGCUUCCCGACCCACCUUCCUACGCAGCGUCACUGCAGAAUUUAACGAGCAGCAUUGGGAGCUACGAUAAAACUUCCACUAGUACCUCAACAAGUACCUCCACAGGUGCUCCAAUCCCUGCCAGUAUAGCAUCGAAUCUCAUGAUGAGCUCAGCAGAUAUUGCUAAUGCCUUAUUCUCGGCAAGUAAAUACUCCAGUGCCGGCAUUUUAGGCAUACCCGACCCAAUGUCGAAGUCAACCUUAGCUGCUAAUAACAUGUUCUUAUCUCCAUCCCUGAUGAAAAUGCAGGAGUCUCUCAUAAAACCGUUGUCAAGUAGCAGUCCUAUUGCUUCGAAAGUGGGCUUGGAUCAAAGUGUAUUGAUGAAAUCACCUCACGAUUUAUUGAAGGGGAAUAAAGAUUAUCUUCCUCCUGAUUUUGGGAGUGUUGGCAAAGGGAAACCUGAGAGUUCUCCUUUAGAUCCGAUGAAGCUCAUUGAAACAAGUACAUCGGGCAAGGAGUCUUCCAAAUCGGAAGUCUUAGAUACUCAAGCCACCGAUUUUAGUAUGCCUUCACGUGUGGGAGGCGAGUCGUUUUUGAAUCAGAUGUUGGAACUCACCAAGAAAACGACAAUGCCAGAUUAUAUGCCAGAUUACAAUCAACCUUUGAAGCUAUCUAAGACCGAAGAACUACCUCCGCAAUCAUUGCCUCCUUCUAGUCAUUCUUAUCCGAACACUUCAAGCAUUGUUGAUACCAUUGCCCAAGUGGCUAUGGGCAAUUUUUCCAAACAUGAUGAGCCAAUUGAUUAUGGCAAAGAACAAGACUAUAUGAGUCCCAAUAAAGGUUCAAGUACUGAAAAUGAAAACUAAUGUGAGUAUUUUCUCUCCCAAUCUAUUAUAAUAACAUAGGACAAGUUUUUUGACUGAUAUUUUAUGAUCUUUUUUCGUGUUUUAUCAUAUGUGUGUAAUACUAAUUUGCAAAAAUUACAUUACACUUUUAAAAUAAGUUUUACUAUACCUUGUGCUAUUGACUGCUUGGAUUUUUAAGAUAAGAUUUAGACUAGGCGCAAACCACCGAUUUUUAGUUGGUCGAUAGUUGUGCCCGAUUUUAAAUUGUAUGAAGAAUCGGCCAAAUCGAAUCGGUGUAAUGUGCGCACUUCUAUACAUGCCCAUACUGAUCAACUGCCCGACUAAACUAUCGAUGGUCUGCGCCUAG